AUGUCUCAGGUUCCAUUCGCAGAUCCACCAUGGCUGAGAGGCUUGCCCUCACCUUACUUCAACGAUUCACACCGCAGAUUCCAAGUUGCCUGCCGAGAGUUCCUCGACGAAAACUUGCAUAAGAAUGCCCUGGAAUGGGAAACAGCGGAAGAUGUGCCAUCUGAUUUGUUCAGCAAGUUCGCCCAGGGCAAUUUCCUAAUCCCGGCAUUGCCGGCGCCCUUACCCGUGGAAUGGCUGCACAAGUUGGGAGUCACGCAUAUGCCCGGGCAAGUACCGGUGGAGGAGUGGGAUACUUUGCAUACCAUGAUUUACUCAGAUGAGAUGAGUCGCUCCGGACUAGCUGGACCUCCGGGUUCGUUGACUACUGGCAUGGCAUUCGGGGUGCCUCCUUUGCUGCACUAUGCAAACGCCGACGUGCAGAAUAGAUUCCUACCUGACCUUCUGCUUGGGCGAAAAAGAACCUGUAUCGCGAUUACUGAGCCCGAUGCAGGAUCAGACGUCGCCAAUAUCACCACAACAGCUGAGCUCAAAGGCAAUGAGUACAUCAUCAAUGGCGCCAAAAAAUGGAUAACCAACGGGUUCGUCGCCCAGUACGCCACGCUAGCCGCUCGCACCGGUGGUGAAGGCUCAGGAGGGAAGGGCAUCUCGCUGCUAGUUGUUCCACUUGAGAAUCAGCCCGGAGUGAGCAGGAGACGUCUGAAGGUCGCCGGCCAAAUUGCGGCCGGCACCUCUUACCUCGAGUUUGACGAUGUUCGGGUGCCGCGAGAGAACCUGAUUGGUCGGGAAAACGAAGGCAUGAAGUACAUCAUGCACAACUUCAACCAUGAGCGGAUGUCCAUCUCGGUUGGUGUUACGAGGCAAGCUCGAGUGGCUUUGAGUUCCGCUUUUGCGUAUUGUCUGCAGCGCAAGGCAUUUGAUAAGACUCUCAUCGAGCAGCCGGUGGUUCGUCAUCGGCUGGCCAAAUGCGGAGCCCUACUUGAGUCACAGUAUGCCUGGGUCGAAUCCUUUGCGUUCCAGCUAUCCAAAAUGCCAAAGAAGACUGCAGAUGAAGAGCUUGGUGGGUUGACGGCCUUGUGCAAAGCCAAUGCUGGCAUUGUUCUCGACGAGUGUGCAAGAUGUGCCGUGCUGCUGUUCGGCGGUAACGGUUAUACGCGUACAGGCAAGGGGGAGAUUGCAGAAAAAAUCUACCGCGAGGUUCCCGGCGCGAGAAUACCUGGCGGAAGCGAGGAUGUCUUGCUGGACUUGGCUAUUCGACAGUUGACGAAGCGAUUCCGAGCAGAGACCGAGAAGGAAAAGUUAAAGCCCAAAAUGUAG